AUGUUCCUUACCUUUGACGUUAUGGGAGACUUGGCAUUUGGAAAACCAUUUGGCAUGCUUGAGACAGAGGGACUAAAUGGAUCAGACAUGUUCAUAAAAACAAUGCAUGGCUUUUCCAGAGUUGUAGGUAGUGUUAGUAAUGUUCCUUGGUUCAUGCUCCUGCUGCAAUGGCUACCUGGGUUAUCCGGCGAAUUCGGCAAUUUCGAGAGGUGGUGUGGACAUAUGGUUGAGAAAAGAAAGCAGUUCACACCAGAAAAGCCGGACAUCUUUCAUUUCUUGUUAGAAGCGGAGCCUCAGAAUGUUGGAGAACAUCAUAUCGAUCUAAUCGCCGAGGCACAACUGGCCUCUGUAGCUGGAAGCGAUACCACGGCCAACACAUUUAUCAACAUCUUUACCCAGCUUGCCAACAACCCACAUACUCUUCAAAAGCUACAACAUGAGAUUGAUGCCAUAUACAAUGCUCAAUAUGGCACCGACAAAGGCUCGGACGACAAAGGUUCAGACGUCCCAGAGGUAAUAUUAAAUGGAAACUCGGCUGCAACAAGAUAUUUGGAUGCAGUGAUCAACGAAGGCCUUCGUCUGAACCCUGCAGUCCCCAGUGGCGCGCAAAGGGUCACAACUGAAGGAGGAGUUACGAUAAAUGAACUAACAGCCCUCCUCCCCCAAAAUCCAGAUGAGAGGUCAUUUCCAGAGCCUCACAAAUUUAUGCCGGAGAGGUGGUACGAGUUAGAUAAGGAAAUCAUUAUGAAGCAAAAGACAGCCUUUAUUCCGUUUUCGGUUGGCGCAUUUGGUUGUGUUGGUAAAUCCCUUGCUCUUUUGGAGCUAAGAAUGGUAACCGCGAAAAUCCUACACAAGUUCAACGUUAGUUCUGCAGAAGGAAACAGCGUUGAAAAGCUUUAUAAUAAUUCUUUUGAUGGAUUCACAUUAUUGAUAGGUGACAUCGAGGUGGUAUUCACCCCUAGGUGA